AUGAGUGAAAACGUUGAUAAUACUACAGACCAUUCCAAUCUUCGACGCAUGUCUUGGGAUGAAAGAAAAUUUAAUCUUAUUAAACUAAAAGAAAAUUUUGAAAAAUGGAAGGAACUUCGGAUUUCAUCUUUUCGACGUUUAAUAAUCGCCGCUAUUAUAUGUAUUUUUUCACUUGGAAUUAGUGUUUACCUUUUCACUACUGAUGAAAAAAGUCUUGGAUCUAUCAUACAAAUCGGUUCAACUUCAGUUUUUGGAGCAGGAAGUAUUGGGGCUCUUGUUGAAUAUAAUGAUCUUAAAUCUAAAAGACCUACAAUGACGAUAAGCAAAAAUGAACUUAUUACAGAGAUAAUGAAAAUAGAUCAGAAUGAUUUUAAUAUGUAUGGAAUUGAAAAAUCAUUAGCAGAACUUGACAAAUAUAGCAACGAGAACAAAGUUGAAGGAUCUAGUAAUGAGAACAAGAUUGAAGAAUCUAGUAGAGAAGAAUUAGUAAAACUUAAAAUUGAUGACAAUUCUAAACAAAUUGUCAAUUUUCAAGAAAUAUUUGGUAAAAUUAAGGAAAAUUUAAAAGGAAUCGAUGGAAAUGAGGAUGAUACAAUGAAUUAUUUAAUUAAGAUGAAUGCUAUUGAAAUGUAUGUGAAGUCAGUUUUGAUGGAAAUUGUGAGUACAGUUGAGAUAAUUUCUAAAGAUGAUAAUUCUAUCUUAAAUGAUAUCGAAAAAAACAUUGAUGAAUUGAAAACUAAUUUAAUUUCGGCGAAAGAUGCUAUAGUUAUGGACAUAUAUUUUAAAUCUAAAAUCGAUUUAUUUGAAAAAUUUUUUUCAGAACAAUGCAUUCAGUGGAAGGAUAUUCCGCUGCUCAUUUUAACUGCCUUGUUCUUUAUUAACCUUAUUUUAAUUGGUCGAAUUCCAAUUAAUAAACUAUUUAAGAGAUGUGAAUCGGAGGAAAAAUUUCUUUUAAAAAGAUUUUUCAAGGGAAGAUUCAUAUUAAAAAGAAUUGAAAUAAAUAGUGAGGAAAAAAAUAUAAUGGAACGUCUUCUUUUUGAAUUGUCAAUUAUUACGGGUGAAAAAUUCGAAUAUGAUGUUUUCAAACUUAUUACACUACGAACCACUCGGAGACAUGGAGAAUUGAAAUUCCAUGGGGAUUGUGGACAAGAUAUCAUCUUUAGAUACAAAAACCAAACGAUAAUUAUCCAAUGCAAAUAUCGCCAAUGUCCAAAGUGCAAAAUUUCACAAACAAAGUGCAUAUAUUAUUAUGCAUCAGAAAACUAUGAUAAGAUGGAUACCCAUGUUUGUAAUUUUGAAAAGGUUUUACGAGAUUAUUGGAAUAAUGAUACGGGCACUAUAUUUGUUGUAAAUGACGAAACAAAAAUAUCGUCUGAGUAUAAAAAUAAAAAACAAAAGAAAGCAUUCAAACUCGCAAACUUUUCAAGUGUAUUGAAAGAAAUCGAAAGCUGUAAAACUUUAAAUAAUUUAGAUUCUGCCUCAAUUACUUCUAAGAAUACUGAGUUUAAAAAUAACGAAUCACGAAAUCAAAUUGAUAAUCAAAUCAUAAAGGAUGUCAUUGAAUCAAUUGAAACUUACAAUAUGAAAAUUUUAAAUGAUGAUUUUGUCAAUUCACUUUCAAAGCUUUUAAAAAAUU